CCAUUCCUACCAGCUUCCGACGAUUUUAGGAUUGUUGAGCCAUUUCCUGCUAACAUCUAUCCUGUUGAGUUCACUUCUACCCAGGUUACCUGUGUAGCCUUUGAUUCAGCUGGAAUAAAAACUCCUGAAAGGAUACAGUUCAUGAGGAAGGACAACUUUGCGCGUUAUACAAACAUAACUGCUAAUGACAACAUAUAUUUCACACACCGAACCGAGGAAGUGGACAAGGGUAAGCCGAAGUCUUAUAAAAAUAAAACCUAAAAGUGUUUCUUUAUAGUAUUGGAGCUAAAGAUCCUAUUUUAUAUUUGAUAUUACGCUGCUAUUACACGAUGAGAAAGCGCGCUUUACAUCAGUGAUCUGAAUUAGCCUUCGUUCUAACGUCACCGUCUUCUGCGAACCAAAGAGCGGCACGUUGUCUGAGCAAUCAUUAGGUUUUACCCAGCAUUCCUUGCCCAUGAAGGCAACACAUAUCAUUGGCUAUUUCCGCGUUCCAUAAACUCUCACGUCCAAAACGAGGCUAAGAAAAAACCUUGUGAAAAAAAAUAAAAUGAGUUUUAUUUGCAUGAGAAUGAAAAAUCAUUUUCAUAUCAAUGGCUUUGCACUUCGUCUCGCUUAACAGAGGCUUCGAGCAACUCAGAAAUGGCGUAUUGCUAUUACACUGUUAGAAAUCUGUCAAGUUUCUUGUAUACCUUAUUCUGAAAAAGGACAAUGACAAACAUGCAAGGAAGCUAUCUAUUGGACGGUGUGAAAUUAACUAUGUAACCUGCUAACUUUCCUAACAUUUCUACAGUGUCUUCUACAGAUGGAAAGAAGUUAAAGAAGCUCUUUGUCACGAUGCACAUACGGAAUGUAACGCUAGAACACGAUAGUACGUUUGGUCUAUUGGGAAGGUACGAAUGUCACGCUUUUGCGGUUGGAUCAGCCUUGGAGCGCAGGCAUGGUUUCAGUGUGAACGUCAUAGGAAGUAAGUUUAACUGGCUUAAAUCUGUAAAAAUUCGAGUAACGCAAAACCUCGCGAAACAAAAGAAAUAAGGGGAAAAAAGCCAAGAAAAAUCAAAUAUGAAAAAACAAAACUGCUCAGCUGUGAAUCAGUGUCGAACACUGCACCAAUCCAGCAGACACACAAAAUGAAAGGAAAAAUAUUAUAAAAGGAAAGCAUUUUCCGUAGACAUGCUGCCGGUAAACACCGUUUUAAAGCUAGUCGAGCCGUCUUAGAUAUAAAUUCAUAGAUAUAUUUGAGGAAAAUAAGCAGGUUUUUCACCUUUGGGGCAUUUCUCAUUGUAUUUUACUUACUUACUUACUUACUUAUGCUUCAUUUUAGGAAGCGAAAUUCCUGUUGUAUCUGUGACUAAAGUCAACAUGCUGCAACACGGUGACAGUAUCACCAUCUUUUGCAAUAUCACUGAGGCCUCGGGGUGGUCUAUGCUGAAAAAGAUUUCAUGGUUAAAAAAUGGUGUUGUACAGCAAAGUUUGAGAAACCCGAACCCAGACAAACCUGUAGACACACUGGCGCCACUAGUUAUAAAAAAUGCCGCGGCCAGAGAUGGAGGAAAUUACAGUUGUGAGCUUGAGCUUCGGCUUCGCAAUAUUAAACCAUACAAUGUAUGA